AUGACGACAAAGAGGGGGGAUAAUGGGGAAAAAGGUACUGAGGGGGAGACUACUGAAGAUGCUUUGAACCCUCCGGCUAAGGAUGCCAAGGAACCUAUCUCUGAGGCCAUCAAUGAUGAUGAUGAUGAUGAUGAUGCUGUAUAUGAUGAUGAUGAGGAUUCUGAAUCUCAACUUCUAGAUGUAGGUACUGAUCUAGGUGGUGACGGUGACGAUGACGAUGAUGACGCCGAUGAUGAUGAUUUUUGCAUCCAAGUCAUUUCAAGACAACUAGAAAAAGGAAUUUCUUUCAGAGAACCUGCUUCCCAAGGGGAGAAAUCAUCAGGGAACCAUUAA